AUGCCUCCUCAUCCGCAAGACGAAGCCUACGACCUCUCAGUCAAAGACCCCUCCAAAUUCUGGGCCCAUCAAGCACAACAGUUAACAUGGCACACCACCCCAACCACCGCCUUCCGCAAAAGCACUCGCAAACUCGCCUCCGGCACCUCUCACAGCACCUGGACCUGGUUCCCCGACGGCGAGAUCAGCACAACCUACAACUGCAUCGACCGACACGUUGAAAACGGGCAUGGGGACCAGACGGCGAUUAUCUGGGACUCGCCCGUCUCGGGCUCGAAGCAGAAGAUCUCGUACUCUGAGCUGCAAGAGGAGGUCGCGACACUAGCGGGAGUGUUGCGCGAGCAGGGAGUGAAGAAGGGGGAUACGGUGAUCGUCUACAUGCCCAUGAUACCCGCGACCUUAAUUGGUAUUUUAGCUGUCGCGAGACUAGGCGCAAUACACGCAGUAGUCUUCGGCGGCUUCUCUGCUUCCUCCCUCGCGCAGCGCAUUGAAGCGAGUCAGCCUGCUGCGAUUCUGACGGCGAGCUGUGGGAUUGAAGGCGCGAAGGGCCCGAUUCCUUAUCAGCCGAUGGUUCGAGGGGCGAUUGAGCAGAGUCCGCAUAAGGUUGCGAAGACGCUUGUUUGGCAGAGGGAACAGAGUCAGUGGGAGGACAUUAGGAAGGAGGAGGGGGAGAGGGAUUGGAAGACGCUGAUGGAGGAUGCGAGGAAGAGGGGGGUGAAGGCGGAUAAUGUCCCGGUGAAGAGUGGGGAUGGGUUGUAUAUCAUUUAUACGUCGGGCACGACUGGGCUGCCGAAAGGUGUGUUGAGAGAAGCUGGUGGGCAUGCUGUGGGUUUGAACUUGUCGAUACGGUAUCUGUUCGGUAUCAGAGGGCCUGGGGACGUGAUGUUCACUGCUAGUGAUGUUGGCUGGGUGGUUGGACACAGCUACAUCCUGUACGCACCUCUCCUCGCCGGAGCGACGACGGUGCUAUUCGAAGGAAAGCCGGUCGGGACACCGGACGCAAGCACGUUCUGGCGGAUACUGGAGGAGUACAAAGUCAACACGUUCUUCACAGCGCCAACAGCACUUCGAGCUGUGAGAAAGGAAGAUCCGGAGAAUAAGCACUUCAAAACCCGCGGCGAGAAAGGCGGUCUACGCCAACUACGCUCUCUCUUCCUCGCAGGCGAGCGCUCAGAACCCUCCAUCGUGACAAUGUACAACGACCUCGUCAAGCAACACGGCGCGCCCAACGCCCAAGUCAUCGACCACUGGUGGUCCUCCGAGUCCGGCUCACCCAUGACCGGCAUCGCGCUCCUGCCCAAAACCACCUCCAACCUCUCCGACCACGAGUUCGUCGAACCGCUCAAAAUCAAGCCCGGCUCAGCAGGCAAACCCAUGCCGGGCUUCGACAUCCGCACAGUCGACGACGAGGGCAAAGAGCUCUCAAAAGGCACAAUGGGCAAUAUCGUGCUCGGCAUCCCGUUCGCGCCAUCAGGUUUCACGACCCUCUGGCGUGACGACGAGCGCUUCUAUAAAAGCUAUUUGAAACGCUUCAACGGGGAAUGGAUCGAUACCGGCGACGCAGGCAUGAUUGACGAAGACGGCUACGUCCACGUAAUGUCCCGCUCCGACGACGUAAUCAACGUCGCCGCCCACCGCCUCAGCACGGGCGCCAUCGAACAAGCCAUCGGCUCCAACCCCUCCGUAACCGAAGUCGCCGUCGUCCCCAUGCCGGACCAAAUGAAAGGCCACGUGCCCUUCGCCUUCCUCACGCUGCCCGACGCCCCUUCGGAUCUGCUCAAAGACCUGAAUGGGAGGUUGAGACAUCAUAUCGGACCCAUAGCGAGUUUGGGCGGUGUGAUUUCGGCGCCGGGGAUUAUUCCCAAGACGAGGUCGGGGAAGACUUUGCGUAGGGUGUUGAAGGAGUUGUUGGAGAAUGGGCUCGAGGGGGAGUUUGGGAAGGAGGUUAAUGUGCCGGCGACGGUGGAGGAUCCGGCGGUGGUGGAGAAGGCGAGGGUGGCGGUGAAGGACUACUUUACGAGCGGGGAUGGAAAGAAGAUGAAGGCGAAGUUGUAG